AUGGAUAAUAUAAAAACUGACUAUUUAUAUUUAUUUUCUUCAUUAGGUGUUUUUAAUGAUUAUUGUCAUGAUUAUUUACCUGACUUAUAUGAUAAAUUAAAACAUCUCGGUGUUGCUACUUGUAUAAGUCUUUCAUGGUUUUUAACAUUAUUUAUUUGUGUAAUGCCAUUUGAUUCAGCCUUAUAUGUUAUGGAUAUAUUUUUUUAUGAUGGUAUAAAAGUACUUUUCCAAUUAGCAUUAACUAUAUUAAAAGAAAAUGAAGAACGUUUAUUAAAAUGUCAAGAUGAUGGUGAUGCUAUUAUGGCUUUAACAUCAUAUUUAGAUGGAUUAAAUCAAGAUAAUGAACAAGGAAAAAAAAUAAUUUAUUUAAUAAAACAAUCUUAUAUGGAUUACAAUGGUAUUAAUGAAGAAGAUAUUAAUCGUUUACGUUUAAAACAUCGUUUGAAAGUUGUACAAAAUAUGGCUGAAACAAUUUUACAAUCAGCUGCAAAGAAUACAUUAAAAUAUACAUUAUUUACGGAAUAUCAAAUAAAAGAUCUUUUUUAUGUUUUCAAAGAUGCUUCACGUUUAUCAUUAACCGAAGCAACAGAUCCAAGAAAAUUAGCUUAUGAAACAUAUCGUAUUAGUCGUAAUGAUUAUCUUGUUUUAUGUAAAUAUUUAUCACCAUGGUUUAUUGGUGAACAACCAGAAGAUUUAGCAAAUCUAUUAUUUAAUUCAUUUUGUUUACCAACAAAUUCUAAUGAAAUUGAUUUUAUUAAUUUUAUUCGUUUAUGGAAUAUUUUAUUAAAUGGAGAUGUUACAGAGAAAUUAAAACUUCUAUUUAUUAUUCAUAUGAAAGAUAAGAAACGACAAGAAAAAGCUAUGACUACUUUAUUAGAACCAUCUCCAGUUCGUUCAACAUCAAUGAUUAUUAAUCCUAAACAAACAGAACCAACUGUAUCGACAGAAGAAGAUCUAUUAACAAUUGACGUAAAAGAUGGAGAAGUUCCGAAAAUUAAAUCCAGUCAAUUACCAUUAAUGGAUCAAACUGAAUUUAUCCAUCUAUGUAAAUCAAUGUAUAAUUUAAUGACAGGAGAUGUUGACGAUGAAACUUUAUUUCGAGCAUUAACGACAUCCAGUACUAUUCUAUUAAAAACUGGUGAAAUGUGUAAACCUUAUCGUCGAUUAGAAGGUGAUACUGCAAGUUCAGAAGAAACAAUCAAUGAAUGGACACUUAGUUUUGAACAAUUUGAAGCAGCUAUGAAUGCUGAAGCAUCGAUUGUUAAUUGGUUUGAAGUGAAUACUCAACAACAAUCACUUGAACAACGUAUUCAUAAUUAUAAUCAAGAUUUUCUUCGAUGA